CCCCCCAUUCUUUAAUCAAGGAAAUGUAACAAUCGAGAUGCCUUUUCAAUUCCUCGUUUGUUACAUAUCUAUACCAAAAUAAUUUGAACCUACAUAGGAACUUUCAUUAUAUCCUUGUCUGUUUACCCUACAUACUAUUUAUUCAGUGUAUAAAACGACAUACCAUUCCAUACGAUAUCUUGCGAUACAUGCCCGAGGAAGGGAAUUGAAUGGAUAUAAGAUGCAAAUCAUGAGCCUGAACCUGAAUUGAAUAAUCUCCUCACCUACUUCUACCCAAUCUUGGGGUUAUUGGCAUUAUUUUCUUCCAUCAUGUUUGAAAAUCUCUGCACGCUCCCCCUGAGCGCAGAGCUCUUCACCCAGGUCCUCCAUCCCACCGAACCCCUCCUAGGAGUUGGCCUCUCGUCAGGUCAUGUUCAAUGCUUCCGUCUACCUGCCGCCGAUCGAUCAUCAGACGACGACGACGAUUCCAACGCCGAUGUUUUGUCGGACGGCAAGGGAACCAUCGACACCGUAUGGAGGACCAGGAGGCACAAGGGCAGUUGUCGCACCUUGGCAUUCUCUAACGAUGGCUCUGCCCUCUACUCGGCUGGUACCGACUACCUCCUAAAGCAUUUCUCUCCAGUCACCGGCCAAGUUGCCUCCAAAAUCGCCAUCCCCUCGACCAGAUCCAUCCCUGAUUCGCCGUCUCUACUUCAUGUCCUAUCGCCCCAGACCUUGCUGCUUGCCUGCGACUCGGGCGCCCUGCACCUUCUUGAUCUACGAGAUGGUGCGCUUGCCAAAUCGAAGCCCCAGCAAACGCAUUUCCCUCACGACGACUUCGUGUCGAGCAUCACUCCCCUGCCCCCGUCUGCGGAGAGCACGAGCGGCUACAGCAAACAAUGGAUAUCGACGGGCGGUACCACGCUGGCCGUUACAGACCUACGAAGAGGCGUGCUGGUGCGCAGCGAUGACCAGGAAGAUGAGCUCCUUUGCGCCGCUUUCAUUCCCGGAAUGGGGCCCAAGAAGAGCCGAGGUAGUGGAAUCGUGGCGGUAGGGACAGGCACCGGUAUACUCACCUUGUGGGACAAGGGCGCCUGGGAUGAUCAGCAAGACCGCGUCGUCGUGGACCCUGUAAAAGGAGGCGGCGAAAGCCUCGACUGCAUUGUUCAAGUCCCCGAGGAUAUAGCGAGGGGCAAGAAGGUUGCCAUCGGCAUGGGCGACGGCAGCUUACGCAUUGUCGACCUGGUGAAGAGGGAGGUCGAGGGUACCCUACGACACGACGACAUCGAGGCAGUAGUGGGUAUCGGGUUCGACUGCCAAGGUCGCAUGAUAAGUGGCGGCGGCCAGACCAUCAAGAUAUGGGAGCAGGCGCCUUCGCUGGCACAAGAUGACAGUGAAUCUGAUUCGGAUAGCGAGGCGGAUGAUUCGGAUGAUGAUGACGACGACGAUGACAAGGUGGCGCGAAAGAACGGGACGAAGCGUCAGACAAGCAGAAACUCGGAUAAUGAUUCAGAUAGCGAUGAGGAAGGGUCGAAACGGAAGAAGAAAAGAAGAAAAGGCAAGGCGCCGGUGGACCUUGGACCGCAUGGAGCUCAUGGGGUCUUGCGAUUCAAUGGCCUGGAUUGAUUAGUUAAUGUGAUAAUACCCGGGGUCAGCUGUGUUGUAGGUAGGUAGGUCUUUACGUAUCAUAUCCUAUCCUAUCCUGUGCUUAGAUACGUGUGUCCAUGGCUUUUCGUUGGGAUUAAUAUAUUCCCCUUUCGAGGAUACGCAAAUACAACUGAAAUUAUGGACGAGAAUUAUUUCGAUGCCGCUCUUCUCUUGGGAGGAUAAUGGAAUUGGGGUAAUACCUAACUAUAGUCCCCUC